AGCACCUGUUAGCGUCACUGUCCAGGUGAGUUCCUGCUGCUUGUGUCCGUUUGCUAUGUUCAGUUAAAGAAGCCACAGCGACAGCUCAGAGCGCGCAGACUUCAGGCUUUAACUUUACGACGGGAAAAUGUCUUCCAACCUGCAAACGGCUAUGGAGGGCCUCAUCGCAGUGUUCCACUCCUAUUCUGGAAAAGAAGGCGACAAGUACAAGCUGAGCAAAGCUGAGCUGAAGAACCUGUUGCAGGGAGAACUCGCUGAACUCCUGGCAGCCAGCAAAGACCCCAUGGUGGUCGACAAGAUCAUGUCUGACCUGGACGAAAACCAGGACGGUGAAGUUGACUUCCAGGAGUUUGUCGUUCUGGUUGCGGCACUGGCUGUCGCCUGCAAUGAAUUCUUCGUAGACUAUGAUAAGGGCUGCAAGAAAUGCAAGGAGGAAGACCCUGCUGCUGAGAAAGUCUAGAGUUUCCCUUUAAAUCAAUAACUCUGUCUUUACACAACUUUAUAUUCUAACAAUGUUCGUCAUGUUGGGGAUGUAAAUGUCUGAUUCACACAGAGAUACAUCACUGCUAACAAUGUUUUUCUUUAUGUCCUGAAACUGUUCCAUCAUAAUAAAGAUAAU